AUGCCGGUCGUCAAAGGUGGUGUUUGGACAAACAUUGAAGAUGAAGUUCUACGCGCGGCGGUAUCGAAAUAUGGUCUUAACCAGUGGGCGCGUGUCUCCUCGCUGCUCGCGCGGAAGACACCGAAGCAGUGCAAGGCACGCUGGCAAGAAUGGCUAGAUCCCAGUAUCCGCAAGAUCGAGUGGUCGAGAGAGGAGGAUGAGAAACUGCUGCACCUCGCCAAGUUGAUGCCGACACAGUGGCGUACCAUCGCGCCUAUCGUGGGAAGGACAGCAACGCAGUGUCUGGAGAGAUAUCAGAAGCUGCUAGAUGAAGCAGAGGCGAAAGAAAACGAUGAACUGGGUUUAGGAGGUCCUGGAGGUGAGGCACAUGCCCCCACCGCGGACGAUGUUAGGCGGCUACGCCCAGGAGAAGUAGAUCCCGAUCCCGAGUCGAAACCAGCCCGUCCCGAUCCUAUCGAUCUCGAUGAAGAUGAGAAGGAAAUGCUCAGUGAAGCCCGUGCCCGUUUGGCAAACACUCAGGGUAAAAAAGCUAAACGCAAGGCGCGGGAACGACAGCUUGAGGAGUCACGUCGCCUGGCAGUGCUGCAAAAGCGACGAGAACUCAAGAAUGCCGGCAUCAACAUCAAAGUGGUUACCCAUAAGAAGGGGCAGAUGGACUAUAAUGCGGAUAUCCCUUUCGAGAAGCAGCCCGCUCCUGGGUUCUACGAUACUACGGAGGAGCAGGCUAGGAACGAAAGGCAACGAGAGAUGUUCGAUCCUCGGAAACAGCAGCUCGCAAAUAAACGGAAGGGAGAUCAGGAGGAAGACGCAGAGCGGAAGAAGAGAAAGAGCGAAAAGAAAGACACCUUCGCUGCGGCAUUAAAAGCCGGUCGCAUGCAACAGAUCCGGGAAGCUGAACAAAUGAGCAAACGAAGGCCUCUCAAUCUGCCAGCCCCACAGGUCAGUGAGAGCGAGCUGGAAGACAUUAUCAAAAUGGGUAUGGCAGGAGACAAGGCUGCUCAGAUGGCCGGGGAGGGAGAGAAUGACAGUACUCGAGGCCUGAUCGGGAAUUAUUCUACUGUUGUGGGAGGAACUCCUAUCAGAACGCCACGUGCUCCUCCGCAAGAAGAUCACAUCGCCAACGAAAUUCGCAAUAUAAAAGCAUUGACAGAAACACAGUCAUCGCUUCUGGGCGGUGAGAACGCACCACUCCACGAAGGAGAGGCCUCAACCGGAUUUGAUGGUAUUGCUCCUCGAAAACAGCAAAUAGUUACGCCAAAUCCUAUGGCAACUCCUUUCCGCCAGCCAGGGGCGAAUGGUGUGGGUGCUACGCCUAUGCGAGGGCCUGGUGCGACGCCGUUACGCACGCCAAGGGACCAUUUCGCUCUAAACCAAGAACCCAAUGGCCAACUCGUUGGGGCCACACCACGUGAAAUCAAGAUGCGGGAAAACUUUAUGCGACAGCAGAUUCGUAGCAAGCUAGCUUCUCUUCCGAAGCCGAAGGAAACUGAAUGGGAACUGGAAGAGCUUCCCUCAGAGACCCAAGAGCCGACGGCCGACGGUGAUCAAGUCGAAAAGGAUGCAGCGGAGCGUGACAGGAGAGAAGAGGAAAUCCGCAGGAAGGCCGCUGAGGCAGAAUUCAAGCGCCAAACCCAAGUCUAUCAGCGGUCUCUGCCGCGGCCUAGUGUCCUUGACAUAGAAGCCCUCAUACAACGGGCCUCACAGGUCACGGACCCCAUCGAGAACCUGAUCGCAAAAGAGGCUGCUAUCCUCAUUGCUAAUGAUGCCAGGAAGUUUCCAGUGCCGGGUGCCAAGGUUGAAGGCAAGGCCCCCAAACUGGAAAAACUGGAUGACGAUUUGCUCGAGGCCGCUCGCGCCGCUAUUGCGAGCGAGUUGGCUUCUGACGAGCUUCAACAGCAGUGGCAGGCAGACUUUGACGCUUCUUGGUCGGCGACACAUGAGUCCAGCCUUCCCGGUCUAGCCUCAUACAACGAUGAGGAUAGCGAUGUGUUCCAGAAGGAGCAACAGAUGAUAAGCACCUUCGACAACGUCCAGGCCGCGCUUUUGGCAACGGCGGAGCAGGGCAAUAAAUUGGAAAAGAAGCUUGCGUUGCAUUAUGGCGGAUACCAGGCUCGUGCGAAGACCCUUCGGGGUAAAAUUGUCGAGGCCAGUGCUGCUCUCGAGAAGGCUAAAAUCGAACUGGAUACAUUCCGUACACUCCAGAUCUCAGAGGAAGCUGCGCUGUCUAGACGGCUCGAGAGGUUGCGCGAUGAAGUUGCUUUCAUCUCGAGGAGAGAACGCGAAGCUCAGCAACUCUACAAGGCUCGCAAGGACGAGCUUGAUGAGCUUAUACGACCCGUUUGCAUUAUUUGGGCACAAAGAGAUGGAAUAUCAUAA